AGGGGAAGAGGGAGCAGAGAGAAGCAGAGACAGAGAGAGGCAGAUACAUAAAGAGCCACAGAGGAAUUGAUGGAAUGACAGUCCGGUGGCGGGCGACACACUGAGGGAGAGAGGAAAAAGGGAGGGUCUGCAUGGUAGAGAGAGAUAUAUAGAAGAGAUGUAAAAUAGGCAGCCUUAGUGACAGCGUUAGACAAAGGUAGCUUCAGAGUGCAUGUGCGCCCUCUAUUUCAUUCACACACUCUCUAUCUUUUAAACACACACACACACACACACAUCUUCUCUCUCUCUUUCUCACUCACUCACUCACUCACUCACACAGACACACGCACACACCCUCGAGCAGAAGCAGCAGAGCAGUGUGGGUGUGAGGCAGCAUGAGAAGUGAUAUCUGUACUUCUACACAUACAGCUGGCUGAUGGACUAACUUAAUUACAGCACACACACACCUACUGUACUGUACGCACUCUCACCAGCACACCUUGAUUAUAGGCAGCCAGACACACACAUACACACACAGAGGCGCAAGAACACAACCUGUCUGCGGCCAGAAGUCAACAUGGGUCUUGUGAUGGGAACCUUUUCCAUGCAAACCAAGCAGGUGAACUACCACAAAGACAAAGCUGAUGAUGACUUGGAGAUGACCAUGGUGUGCCAUCGACCGGAGGGCCUCGACCAACUAGAAGCUCAAACCAACUUCAGCAAAAGAGAGCUCCAAGUGCUCUACCGGGGCUUUAAGAAUGAGUGUCCAAGUGGCGUCGUCAAUGAGGAAACGUUCAAGCAAAUAUACUCCCAGUUCUUCCCUCAUGGAGAUGCCAGCACCUAUGCACACUACCUGUUCAAUGCAUUUGACACAGCACACAGUGGCUCCAUAAAGUUUGAGGACUUUGUGACAGCCCUGUCCAUCCUGCUGAGAGGCUCCAUCACUGAGAAGCUGCAGUGGACCUUCAACCUUUACGAUAUCAACAGAGAUGGAUACAUCAACAAAGAGGAGAUGACAGACAUCGUCAGAGCGAUAUACGACAUGAUGGGGAAGUACACUUACCCUGUCUUGAAAAACGACGCACCCAAACAGCAUGUAGAUGCCUUCUUUCAGAAAAUGGACAAAAACAGAGACGGUGUGGUCACUCUGGAUGAAUUCAUCCUCUCCUGUCAAGAGGAUGAAAACAUCAUGAGGUCUCUACAGCUGUUUGAAAAUGUCAUCUAGACAGUGAAGAAGAGGGGGACGGUGCAAUAGAUGAAAACACAGAGAGGAGAAAAGAACAAAGGAGGAGAAAGAAAGAUGAACAUGCAAGAGAAAAGGAUGGCGUGCAAUCAAUAGGAAACAUGGAUCUUGUCGCUUUGUGUGGGAUGGUUGCCACGAAACAAAUCCAUGGCGACAAACCAUCACCGGUUUUGGAAAAUGGACUCAAACCCCUCAUGUGACCAUUUACCUCGUCUCCAUCCUCCUCGUUUGUUGGUGUCGUUACCGUCGCCUUGGACAUUGUGUAUCCAUGACAUUGUGUAAAUACUGAUUAUCUAACAUUUGGUUGAACGCUUUUCAGAAACGUGUAAAUUGAACAACUUUAUCAAGCAGGACUGAAAUUCCCGAAAGCAGCUCAGCGGCGAGAUCAACCCGAUGCAUAGUUAGUGCAUAAGAGGCGUAAAUAAUAGCUGUUUUCAUCAUGACUAUCUGUGUCAACGCAACAAAACAUGAGCAAUAUUGUGAAGCAUGCAAGACAGAGGCCUAUACGGCGUAUUUAACGUAUGUGCCAUGAAGAACUCCGUGGCGAUAUACUCAGCUAUAUGUGCAUACAUUUGGGAAGGUCUGGGCGUAGCAUCUCACAGAGCCACCUCAUCUGUUCUCAGACUGUAAAGGUUCGCAGAGCUGAAUUUGACCUCAGCCAGCUUGCAUCAGUCUUACGUCCUGUGACAGCUUGCUACGGUCCUCUCUACACCCACUGUGCGUGUUCCAGUGGUGUCAGUCAGUGUUUCAAUGUUGUAACGACCCAACUGUAGAUAUUUAACUGUCGUAUUCGUGGGUUCUUCUUGCUGUGUGGAAUCAUUCCUGUCUUGUCUGCGUGUUUCUGACUCUGACUGUCUGUCUGUCUUUCUGUCUAAUUAGAUUUACCUGUUCUUAUUCCACCUGACACUCAUUGUGAAAUAAAGAGCACUGGCGUACAGAUGCAGAGUGACACAGGGGACGUGCAUGUGUUUAUGUGUGGUGUCCUGGUGUAAAAGUUUGCCUGAAUAUUAGUGUCAUUUUUCCUAGCAUGUACAAGCAUUCAUCUUGUGGACACUAAUCAGUCCAGCUGAGCUGUCUGUGCCAGAGAGGAGAGUGUCAUCGUCAGAUCUGUCUGUUAAAAAAAAAAAAAAAAAAGUCGACUUGGAGCAACCAACCUUUCACUGUGAGGGAGAGACAGUAGAGGGGAGCAGGGAGGAGGGAUGUGGAGACAGAAUAGAGGCAGACGAGAGAGACCCUUUCACUGAUUCUGAAGGAACGGAAGCCAUGUUUCGAACAAGAGCCAUCGUUUUGACGAUUGAGCAGGACAAAAAGAACACAGAUUUAUUAAUGCUUUACUGUCAUGCCCACUCACUGUGCUACCAAUAGCGUGAUUUAAAAAAAAAAAGCAAAAAAAAAAAGCUAAAAUGUGUUGCGGCUCAUCU